GGGUGAGGAAAGGAUAAGGAGGUGUGCGAGUGAAUGUGCAGCCUCUUCCUCUCCCUCUCUUCAUUCGUUUUUCCCAGUGUCUCACUUCUCUCAGCAUUUCGAUCAUCAGAUUUGCUGUAAGCUGAACAAAGCAGAGAGAGGAGAAGAUAAACACAGAAGGAGUCAAGACAGAAGAAAUAAGGAUGAGUGAGAUGUAAAACCAGGCAUUCUGGAGAGAGACAAAACUUAAAACGUGGAGAGAAAGAAGGAAAAUGAGAGAGGUAGAGAAGGGAUUUAGGUAAUGCUACUAGAGAACAAGUAGGUAGGCUGGUGAAACUUAGCCUUCAGAAAAAAAAAAAUUGAGACAAGACAUUAUUUUAGCUAACAACAGAAGGGUAGGUGAGACAAGAAACAGAGAAACAAAGAACAAGACGGAGGAAGAGAUCCAGAUCUAAAGACAACAUCUCGAGGUACUUGGGGGAAGUUAGUCGUCCAGGAUGGAUAAAGUGGAACGUGUAAUGAAGAUGGUUAAGAGGAUGUCACCCAGAAAGAAGAGGAGAGAAGGAGGAAAAGGAGGGCAGGGGGAUCUGGAGAGUCCAGAGACCCUGUGCGAUGAACUGUGCCAUUUCAACCUCUGCAUCUCAGAUGAGGGGCCAUAUGGAAAAACAAAAGAUAUCUCUGGACCAGAACACACCAUGACUUUGAGAAGGCACAGUAUACCAGAAGCUCUGCGGGGGGUGACCAUGGUGGAACUGGUAAAGAAAGAAGGUAGCACUCUUGGACUAACCAUCUCAGGAGGAACUGACAAGGAUGGGAAACCACGGGUAUCAAAUCUACGGCCAGGGGGGCUGGCAGCCAGGAGUGACCAGCUUAAUGUUGGGGAUUACAUCAAGUCUGUGAACGGCAUCAAUCUGACCAAACUGAGGCAUGAAGAAAUUAUUAGUUUAUUAAAGAAUGUUGGAGAGAGAGUCCUGUUAGAGGUGGAGUAUGAGCUGCCCCCAACAGCACCAGACAGCACCUCAGGGGUUAUAUCGAAGACAAUCGACAUCUGUUUGCACAAAGAGGGAAGCAGCUUUGGUUUUGUCAUGAGAGGUGGUACGCAUGAGGACUGGCACAAGUCACGCCCCCUAGUUAUCACCUAUGUAAGACCAGGAGGUCCUGCAGAUAGAGAAGGCACACUGCGUCCUGGUGACCGCCUCCUCAGUGUGGAUGGUGUUCCUUUACACAGUGCCAGCCACAACGACGCCCUCAGUGUGUUGGCUCAGUGUGGCCAAGAAGCCCUGUUCCAGAUAGAGUACGACGUCACAAUAAUGGAUACAGUGGCAAAUGCCUCUGGUCCGCUAUUGGUGGAAAUCGCAAAGUCACCAGGAGCAACACUGGGGAUCACACUGACGUCAGCCAAUCAUCGAAACAAGCAGGUCAUUGUCAUUGACCGGGUUAAACCCGGCAGCGUAGUGGACAGAUGUGGAGCAUUGCAUCCUGGAGAUCACCUGCUUUCCAUAGAUGGGACAUCAACAGAACACUGUACAGUCUUGGAGGCAACACAGUUAUUAGCAAGCACAACUGAACUGGUCAAGUUAGAAAUCCUUCCCUCACAUCAAACAAGGCUAGCCGGGAAGCAGCAUGACACAGUGAAGGUCCAGAAAUCAGACUAUCCGCACAACUGGGACCCCUGUAUAAACUACUGUCACCCUCAAAACUCAACCAUCUGCAACACAAGUUCCACCCUCAACAAGUUGUGGACCCCAUCCAAUAACAACACAAUCAACAGCCUAGACUACUGCAAGUCUCUUGUAUGUGCCAGUUUCUCUACCAGCUCUACAACGACAUCAGGCCCCAGUAGCCAGAGCUCAAACACAUUGCCUAGGCCGGCAGUUCCCAUGAGUCCUCGCAACUCGCUGCUCAAACGACGCCAGAGGAAGAAAGAGCACAAAAGUUGCUUGUCUCUGGCAUCAAGUUCAGUAGGUCCUGGUGGUCAGGUGGUCCACGUGGAGACAAGUGAGGUCGUGUUAACAGGUGAUCCACUCAACGGCUUUGGAGUGCAGCUGCAGGGAGGAAUAUUUGCAACUGAAACACUCUCUGCACCACCACUCAUUCGAUUCAUAGAGCCUGACAGUUCAGCAGAAAGGUGUGGCCUGCUGCAGGUUGGAGACCGCCUUUUGUCAAUCAAUGGAAUCCCCACAGAAGAUGGAACACUUGAAGAAGCCAAUCAACUUCUCAGAGACGCUGCCUUGACCAAUAAGGUCACACUGGAGAUCGAGUUUGAUGUUGCAGAGUCAGUGGUGCCUAGUAGUGGUACCUUCCAUGUCAAGCUGCCAAAGAAAAGAGGUGUGGAGCUGGGACUCACCAUCAGUGCCAGCAAGAAGCCCGGAGAGCCCCUCAUUAUUUCUGACAUCAAGAAAGGCAGCAUGGCUCACAGAACUGGAACUCUGGAGCCCGGUGAUAAGCUUUUGGCGAUUGACAACAUCAGGCUGGAGAAUUGUUCCAAGGAAGAUGCAGAGCAUAUUCUUCAGCAGUGCGAGGAACUGGUUAAACUAAAGAUACGCAAAGAUGAGGACAACUCAGAUGAGCAGGAGACGUCGGGCAGCAUUAUCUACACUGUGGAGCUGAAGCGAUAUGGAGGCCCUCUGGGUAUAACCAUCUCAGGCACAGAGGAGCCUUUUGACCCCAUCACUAUAUCAGGCCUAACCAAACGAGGCCUGGCAGAGAGGACAGGUGCUAUUCAUGUAGGUGACCGGAUAUUGGCCAUCAACAGUGUCAGUCUAAAAGGGAAACCACUGAGCGAAGCCAUCCACCUGCUCCAGAUGGCCGGAGAGACGGUGACCCUCAAAAUUAAAAAACAGCUAGACAAUUUGGAUUUGGAGAACAGGAAAGCAGCAGAUGCUGAUGAUGCAACAGAGAAUGAGGUUAGUGAUCCAGAGGAGGAUGAUUUGACAGACAGCCAACAGACCAAUAAGCUGUCAGAACUUUAUUCCACAACUAUACCGAGUGUGGACUCUGCCAUGGAGUCCUGGGACAGUUCUGGACUGGAUGCAGGAUACGGCAGCCAAGGUACAUACACACAUCAAGGAGUGGGCAUCGCCCUCCACCCACAUGAGUGGCGUAGCGUCAAGCAGCAAUGUAGCACAACGCCCCCUCCUGGAAGAAGGAAGAACUAUCCGUUUAGUGAUGGAGGCUUCAGUGAGGAUGAGUGGGACAAACCACCAGGAUUUAUUGGCCAACAACCAGAUGGUAUUCUGUUGGAUCCGGAUGACAGUUUUUGGUGUCAGGCUCUCGAAGACCUGGAGACUUGUGGCCAGUCUGAACUUCUCAGAGAGAUAGAGGCUUCCAUCAUGACGGGUACAGCCAUCAGUCUGGGUGUAGAUGGUGUGAACAAACCUCCAGUUGAGCCUAUCCUGAGCCACAAUAGGAUAAGCCCAUUGCGAAGAAAUUCACUCCUUCAUCAAGCUAACGUGCUGCAUCAGAAUUCACACCUCCACCCAGGGGUCCACUUGCACGAGGACGCCCAUCUGCAUGAAGAGGCCCACAUCCAUCAAGACUCCCACUUGCUUGAGGAGACCCAUUUUAACCAGGAUGCACACCUCCAUCAUGGAGCCCACAACCACCAAGAGAUGCAGUCCCCCCUUCUGCACCAUGAUCCGAAGCUCAAGGCUUCAUUAAGGGUAUCAGAGAGAACGUGGGAGUCUCGUCGGAUCAAAGAGGAAAUGCAGGGAAUCCUUUCUCCAACUCCUCUGGAGCUGCACAAAGUAACAGUGAUAAAGGACCCAGAGAGUGAUGACUUUGGCUUUAGCGUGUCGGACGGCUUCUUGGAAAAAGGUGUUUAUGUCAACAUGAUCCGACCCGAUGGGCCAGCCGACAGAGCUGGACUGAAACCCUUCGACAGGAUCCUGCAGGUGAACCAUGUCAGAACGAGAGACUUUGAUUGCUGCUUAGCGGUGCCCCUCAUCACAGAGGCUGGAGACAGACUGGAGCUGGUCAUUAGCAGAAACCCCCUGGCUAGCGACAAUCCAGAAGAUAAUAACAACACUUUAGACCACCCCUUAGAUCUGUAAUAACCAAUGCAAACAAACAUACACAAUGUCAGAUAAACUCUUUUUAAAUUCACAUGAACACUACAAGUCAUAAAGUGUGAAACUUUUUAUUGUGACUGGCCUGGAAAUAAACACAGGCUAGCAAUAAUUCUACAUAUACAGAGACUGAAAACAUUGAAAUAAAAAGAAAAACACAUUGCAUGCAUUCAUUCCAUUUACACUGCGUUGUAUUGCUGUUAUACAGUAUAUUCUUUAUAUUAAAAAAAAAUUUGAAAUAUGGCUACAAUAUAAAAAAAGCACCAAAAGGUUUCUUGACAGCCAACAAGGAGUUCUCAAUGUUGUUCCACAAUCACCAUGACAAGUAAAUAGCAUUAAAAGUGUAAAUUUCAAAAAAUCUGAAUCUUUUUCUUUUUUAUUUACAAGUGAAUGAAAAUCUAGUAAAUGGUUAAGGUGAUUUUUAAAUUUUUGUUUUUUUUUCAAAAAUGCAUGGGUCAUGUUACAAAAUGUAUGUGAUUUGAAGAAGGAAAACUGAAUUCUGUGUCUGGUUGCAUAGUAAGACUAAACAUAGAAAACUGUAGGUAUUAUCUAUCUAAAAUUAGAAUAAUGAAAUCUACUCUCCAAUAAAAGUUAUUUUUAAUGGAUAUUGUUUUCUCAGUACUGUGAAUGGGCAGGUGUCCACAUUAAUGUCAUGGAAAAACCAUUUGUCAGUAUCAACAAAUAAGCACUUAGAACUAUUUUUAUAAAUAUGAUAUCCUCUUUCUGUUUUUAUGCCUGAUGUUGAGAUAUAGCUAAAUUCUCCAUUUUAGAGGCCAAAAACUAUCAACACCCUGUGAACUCAGUUUUUUUUUUUUUUUUUUGUCUAAAAAGUUAAAGGGUUAUACUGCUCUUGUUUGAACAGCAAAUUUACAAGUUACAAAAAUCUUACUUUCAACAGGAAAGAUGGAUCUAAUAACAUUACCAGAUCUGACUUAUGACCUGCAAGGCAACUGCAGAGAAACAUUAGCCACUAUAAAUGCGUUUUACAAAGAACUCAUGUUGCUUUUAAAGGUUAAGCAAAAUGUUUUUUUAUAGUAGAUUUAAAGCCCAGUCAAAAAGAGAAAUAAGAAAACUUAACAUUGUUCAUUUGUAAGUUUAUUCUAAAAUAUCUUUAAAAAAGUUUUUAAUGUGAUUUUCGUUUAUCUUUAUAUACAAGUAUAAUUUUCUUUACAGUGGUGUUUUUCACAGCUAUGCAUGGACACAUUAAGGCACAGUUACAAUGCUGCGAAAAAAUAUUUAAUCCCUUUCUGAUUUCAGCUGUUUUUCCAUUUGUUCACACAUAAAUGUUUCAGAUCUUUAAACAAUUUUUAAUAUCAGAGAUAAAUAAUCCAACUAAAUGUAAAAAGCAGUUUUGAAAUUAUCAUUUCAUUUAUUAAGGGAAAAAAGUUAUUCAAACCAACCUGUGAUUGCCUAAUAAAUAAAUAAAUAAUAUUAAAAAAAAAAAAAAAAAAAGAAAACCUAAGAACUGGGUUUUUCAACCUUGGCAGCAACCACUACCAUCAAGUGUUUUUGAUUACAAGCAAUGAGUCUUUUACAUCACUGUGGAUGAAUUUUGACCCACUCUUCUAUGCAGAAUUGUUUGAACUCAUCCACAUUUAGAGGGCUUUCCAGCAUGAAUAGUCUGUUUAAAACCUUCUUUUUCCUUUUAACCCACUUGAAGAUGGACCUACUGGUGUGCUUUGCAUCAUUGUCCUGUUACUUAACACAAGUGAGCUUUAGCGUAAGGCCCCAAACAUAUUCACCUCUAGGAGUUUAGAGAGCAGAAUUCAUGGUUCGAUUAAUGAUGCCAAGUUGUCCUGCUACUGAAGAAGUACAGAAGCCCCAUCCAUCCAAAUACUUCGACCAUGUCUGACUACCAGUAUGAGGCUGUGUUAGUUUAAUACCAGAUAUAAAGAGAGACACGUCUUUCAAAAAGUUAACUUUUGUCAGUCCACACAAUAUUUCGCAAAAGUUUUGUCAGGAUUUUUUGUCAGGAUGUUUUUUGGUAAAUGUGAGAUGGGCCUUUGUUUAAUUUUUGGUCAGCAUGGGUUCUGGCCAUGGAAGCCAUUUUCCCCAGUCUCUUUCUUAUUGUUAAAUCAUGAACUCUAACUUUACCCGAGACAAGUGAGGCCUGCAGAACUUUAGAUCUUCUUCUGGGUUACGAUGCGUCAAUGAUCUCUUGGGGUAACUGAGGUAGAUCGACCAAGCUGGGAAAGGUUCACCAGUACUCCAUGUUUUGUCUAUUUUUGGAUAAUAUGCCCCUUUUCCACGGGCUCUAUUUAGGCUGCGUGGCUCCACUCCACCCGAUCUCGCUCUACUCCCCACAGAACCUGUUGUGUUUCCAUCGACUCACUCAGUGUCUCAGCAUGGUAAUAACAAGAACAAGGACUUUAAAGUGCAAAACUAUGACCGAGGUAAAUACAGUUUUAGGUUGGAUGUUAGAAAUUGGAUAUUUGUGCUCUGCAGAUUUAGCGGGGUCUUCCUCCUAUUUGACCUGAUGCAGGCAGUCUGAUUACGGGCAACUGCUCUCUGCCUGCUCCCUCCUCCUGCACAGACUGGUUCGCCUAAGGGCCAUCAAUAAACUUGCGAACCAAACACAUUGUAUCAUGGUGGUAUUGUUUUGUGUGUUUUGGGGAAAAUGUAUAUGCAUCUGAAAGGAUGAUUUUAUGUGUGAUCAGCUGAUUUAGGAUGUUAUUCAAUACUCCAAAGGUCCGGCCGUGAUCAACCAUGGGUGUGGCGAGUAAAAUCUAACCAAAAAUGUGGUUAAUCACUGUUAAUUUGCUAUUUAAAAAAGGAGGUAAUAGGUUUUCCACAUAGAGCCAGGUUGGCCUGGAUAGCUUACUCCCUUAAUACAUGAAAUAAUUAUUAGAAACCUGCUUUUUGUGAUUUCUCAGGUAAUCAUUGUCUGAUAAUCAGUUUUGUUUGUGAUAUGAAACAUUUAGGUUUGAGAAGAAGCAAAAAAACAAGAAGAAAUCUGCAAAGGGGUAAAUACAAUUUCACAGCACUGUAUAGCUUGGCUGUAGGGUACAUAAGGAUGUGGGAAAAAUACAACAUACAAAUGAUGAACACAAGAACAUUUGUGUGUAACAGAGGAGAGAGCAGCCUUUGUCCGGGGACAAACAGUGAAUGUUUGACAGCAACAAUUACAUCCUCUGUUCCUUUAAACUGUCUGUCUUACUCUUUCAUCAUGCUAUUAUAUAAUACAGUAAGACUCCAGCUGCUCCCCUUGAGUUAAACCACAUGUGCAAGAAAGGUGGGAUGUAUGUGCUGCAUAACUGCUAUUUACUUCUGUUAGUGUAAAUGUAGAGGUUUAGAAUGGUUCCAGUUUUACUUUUUAUUGUUAUUUUUCAUUUUUACACAGUGGAUGUUAUGAAAAAUAGGUGGUAUUAAUUUUAUUGUUCAGCUGUGAUGUUUUCAGCAUUAAGAGCAAUUCACUUUCUCCUCUGAAACCCACAUUAGAUUUAAAACAGUAUAAACUGGAUGCACAUAAGAAAAAUGAGGACAUUUAUUUUUUUGCCAACCGUCCACACAGAAUAAAAAGCACACUGUGGAAUUUCAUACUCUGUAUUUUCUUGUAAAACUAAACAAAAAUGUGUGAGUGUGUCAAGUGGCCAAAAAAGAUAUAAAUAAAUGAAAAUAAAAAACUGUAAAGUAAGGUAAAAAAUGAGAAUGCAAGUAAAGCCUUUUGAAAGGUUUGGAUUGUAUUUGUGUUUGAUCAUUCAAGCUUCAUAUGUGUUUCCAGGUUGGUUUAAAGUCCAAUCCAAAACCGUGGGUUCCAUGUCAAAAAUAAAGUUUACAACUGUCAUCCCACCCAUAUAACACAAUUAUUUGCACUUUUACAGUUUAUUGGGGUAUUAGAGUACAGAAAAACAGGUUUUUACUGUUUAUGUUUGUUAAUUUAUAAGGAUUACCUUAUCUCAUGCCAAAAAAAUAUAUAUUUUCUUAUACUGGCUGGUUGUCAUGACCUUCUAAACCCAGUCGACAAGUUCUUACAUAACGUGACAUUUAUUAUGUCAUAAGCUGCACUAGGGUAUUCUUGCAUUCCUCAAGCUUUUCCCUGCGCUUGUUUUAAUUCAGUAUUUUGGAGUUUCAUGGUUCAUCUAGGCACAUGCAAAUUCAAGUCCCUUGGCCACUGACAACAGCCAAGCCAUGGCAUUCAGAUGUAGCAAUUGUCCCAUUCUAGAUAAUUGUAGCUUUGGUACAAGGACAGUAACUGUUAUCCUUGUACCAAAGCUACAAUUGCCCUACAUUUUAAGGUCAAAUAAUAACUACUGACUGCCAAGAAUCUAAAAAUUAGUUUGAGAUCAUAAUGCCAAAUCAGCUGUUAACUAGCUGCUUUUUCAUCUUAGCUAAAGUUAAAGAUGAUUUUAUUGAACAAAUGGCUACAUUUAGAAACCUAUAUUAGACACCAGCAAAAUAUUCAAUAAUCCAGUCUGCAACAAUUACUGUAUAAUAAAAAAAGAUUGAAUUUCUGGAAUUCUAGCCAGCUGUACCUGAGAAUUAUAUAAUUGUUUGUUAACUGUGUGGCCACCUUUCCCCAUGUUCACUUUAUUGAUACCUGCUUUCUGAAUUAUUAAUUAAAUCCAAGGAAACCUGUAAUUUGUUUCUGCUUUUAACAUGCUGAUAUGUCAGUCUUUAUUAUGAUUCUGGAUUUGGCCAUUAGUAGUACUAUUGAUAUUAUGUUUUUUUGUUUGUUUUUGAUUAUGUAACGUUCUAUACUAUGUAAAAAAAUAUUUUUCUAUAAUACUUAUACCCUUCAAAACAUGGUUUGAAAAUUCUGAAAAAAUACAAGAUGAGAAAUAAAAUGUAUAACUUUG